ACUGAAGAAGAAAGAAACCAUGCACACCAUCAUCAUCAUCAUCAUCAUUUUCAUCGCCCACACUUCCGUUUCCAUCCUUUCAACUUUCAACAAUUAAGUCAACUAAAACAAUACCUUACUGUGCUCCUUCUGGAACCUUCGCAUCCUUUUCUCCGCCCACCUCAGCUGCGUCCUCAGUUUCACGUUCCUCUUCCCCAAUUACUUUCCGCCGAUUCUGCUUUUUCUCAAUGUGUUGAUCCAAUUAGGAUUUCAGUUCCAGUUAAUUCCGUCUUCUGAAUUCGGUAAAGUUGUUAUUAGAAAGGAUGAGUAGCGUGUUCGAAGGAUAUGAACGACAGUACUGCGAGCUUUCUGCUAAUCUAUCAAAGAAAUGCACUGUAGCUGCUUCUCUUCAUGGAGAGCAAAAGAAGCAAAAAGUUUCUGAAGUAAAGACUGGAAUUGAUGAGGCAGAAGCUUUGAUUCGAAAAAUGGACCUUGAGGCAAGAAGUUUGCAGCCGACCGUUAAGGCCGUAGUUCUUGCUAAGUUGCGGGAGUAUAAAUCAGAUCUGAACAAUAUUAAAAGCGAAGUUAAGAAAAUUGUAGCGGGUAACUUGAACCCUUCUGCUAGGGAUGAGUUGUUGGAAUCAAGCAUGGUAUAUGUUGUGACGGCAUCAGCUGAUCAAAGAGAAAGAUUAAUGGCAUCAACUGAGAGGUUGAACAAGUCUGGUGACAGAAUUGAGGAAAGUAGAAGAACAAUGUUUGAGACAGAAGAUCUUGGAGUUUCUAUUCUUCAAGAUUUGCAUGCACAGCGACAGUCUCUACUGCAUGCAAAUAACACGCUUCAUGGAGUAGAUGAUAAUGUAGGCAAGAGCAAGAAAAUUUUGUCCAACAUAUCAAGAAGGAUGAGCAGGAACAAGUGGAUUAUUACCACCAUUGUCAUUGUCCUGGUUCUUGUUAUAGCCUCGAUCCUGUACUUUAAACUUUCUAAGUAGCCAAUGCAGGCCCAGUUUUCUUCCCUGGUCGUUGAGUGCUUGGGAAAAGAUGCUAUGUUGGGCAACGGUAUAAGAAAAUUUGGUGGUGUUUUCUUCUUUGAAGUGCAUGAUUAUUGACGAGAGUAUGCUGGUUUUGUAAUAUAUGAAAAUUUGCUUUCUUUUUUUGUGUAACUAGUGUCAUAUCUUUCUAAAAUGGUAUUACUCUUGUAAUAUCAUUCCCCCAAAAAAGACGUUCAAAAUUAUCAAAUUGUUUUCACUUGCCAGUUCCC